CCCCCACCCACGCAUCUCUUUCGUUUCUCUCACUUCAGAAAUGCAUCCAAAUUUGUGACUUUCUUAUUAUCAUCGUCUUCCCCAAUCGCCCCCCAAAGUCCGUAAUUCCCAUAGCAGAAUAUAAAAACCACCGCUCUCUCUGUUCAGAGGUACAAUUCGUAUUCGAUCUGCAAUCGUUUUCAAGUUUUUCAUGAUCUCAUUGUUCUAGGGUUUGACUUUUCGGACUUUCGAUAUCUGUUAUCCUGUCAAGUUUUGGUUUUGACUUGAAUAUUUUCGUGCAGGUUGAGUAUAAUCUUUUCUCAUCGAUUUUCUUGAGCUAUUUUAUUCGUAGCUGUUCUUGUUGAAGAUUUGUUUCUUUUUUCAUUUUUUUAAAAAGAAGUUUAGAGACCAUUUUAUGGAAUUUGAAUGCCAAGACUCUAUUGAGACUGGUUUGUUGAAGAAUAUCAUCGAUCGUUCGGACAUAUCCGUUGCAAGCAGAGCUGAAUAUAAUUUAUCAGGAUCUUCAAAUUACGCACUUGAUUCUGAUUCUGGAAAACCUGCAUUGAAAUUGAAUGCGGAGCAUUGUGUUUCAGUUCCAAAUGGGACCGAAACCCUACCUAGCCGGAGGUCGAUAAACGAUCUUCCUCAGGCGUUGGUAUCUGAGAUCCUCGGUUGCUUGGAACCGAAGGAGCUUGGCAUUGUGUCUUGUGUGAAUGCAUCGUUGUAUCAGAUUGCAUCGGAGCAUCAAGGGUGGAAGGAGUUUUACCGUGAGAGGUGGGGGGAUCCAACCCUCCUAAUAGCAUUGGGGCCUGAGGGUUCAGACUUGAGGACGAAAUGGAAGGAUCUCUUUGUGCAGAGGGAGUUUCAGAGCAAGACCUUCUUGGGGAGAUACACGGUUGAUACCUUAUACGGUCAUACUGAAGAAGUUAGAGCAGUUUUUGUUCUUACCUCAAAGAAGCUUGUUUUUACUUCGGGGUAUGAUCAGAUAGUGAGAAUGUGGGACUUGGAAGAAGGAUUAUCCCUUUCAUAUUCCCGUCCUCUUGGUUGCACUGUCCGUGCCGUUACAGCUGAUUCAAAACUAUUGCUAGCUGGUGGGACCGAUGGGUUCAUACAUGGCUGGAGGGCAGAGGAGGGAAAUCCUCAUUUGUUUGACCUUAAAGGCCCACAGAACCAAAACAGAGAAUUUAGGCUUUGGGAACACCGAGGUCCCAUAACAUGCCUUGCAGUGGUCUUCAACAAGAUUUAUAGUGGUUCUUGGGACAUGGCAGUGCGUGUGUGGGACUGUUCUUCGUUGAAAUGUUUGAUCGUUUUGAUGCACAAUGAUUGGGUUUGGAGUCUUGCCCCUCAUGAUGAUACCACAGUGGCAACCACAUCAGGUCCUGAUGUAUAUCUAUGGGACACCAAAACCGGUACGAAACUUUCUGUUGCUAACAAUGCUCAUGUCGGCAAUGCCCACUCGUUGGCAAGAAGCCACACUGGAAAGCUUAUAUUCACCGGGGGAGAAGAUGGGACCAUACACAUGUUUGAGGUUGUGAAAAAUAUAAGGUUCCAUUUGAGGAAGGUUGCUACAUGGAAUCCUCACUCGGGUCACGUUUUUUCCCUCGCGUUUGAGUUCCCGUGGCUUGUUUCUGCUUCAAGUGAUGGGAAACUUGCACUCAUCGACGUGAGAAAGUUGUUGAGGACGAGGAAGCAUUCAGAUGGCGGGAGCUCUUCUAAUGUGUUUUCCAGGCUCCAAACAGACCCUAAGAGUGUUGAGCCACCACAGAGGAUGCUCCAUGGGUUCGGGCCGAAUUUGUUUGCAGUGGAUAUAGGGUUGGACCGGAUUGUGUGUGCGGGAGAAGAAGGCGCGGUCAGAAUAUGGAACUUCUCACAAGCUUUGGAGAUAGAAGAGAGGGUGCGGACUUUGAGGGGAUUAAGGUUAGAGAACAGGAUGAUGAGGCGCAAGCUACAGUGCAACAUGAACAACAGAGGUGGUGGUCGGAGGGGCGAUCAGUGCUCUGUUGCUGCGAAGAAGAAUCAAAUCAACGGGGAUAGGAAUAGCUGGCAGAACAAGCGUAGGGCGAGUUGGAAGGUCAAGGCAUAGGGAAGGUCAUGUUUUUUAUGGUACUCGUUGUCUCGCUUGCUUAUUUGCUAUUUCCUGCUGCUUUCUCGUUCCGGAUGUACGUGUGAAUGGCGAUUUCGUUAUGUAGUUUGUUCUUGUGUUGCAUUGUCACCAGUGUUUAUAACAGACUAUCACAAAUUUACAAGUAUGGAUAUGACUAUUUUGGUGGCAGAUGAACAAUAUAUUUUCAUGAAAUUG